AUGCCGAUGAUAUGGCUGGAAGUGAAGGAAGCUGGAGAGUUCCACUUCAGUUCUGGAGUUCGACAGUACAUUCAUCUGCAUUAUGGUGAAAACCCAGAGAACUACAAUGAAGCGUUGAAAAAACUGGAACAGCUCAGACAGAGUGUUGUAAAUUCCCCGAGGGAUUAUGAGGGCUGCAAAAGUCUCAGAAAAUACUUGGGUCAGCUGCACUAUCUGCAGAGUCGCAUUCCCAUGGCGAAAGGCCAGGAAGUAGCCACACCAGUCACAUGGAUUGACAUCCACUCAGGGAAGCAUGUUACUCAUGAUGACAUCAGCUUUGAGCAGGCCUGUGUCCUUUAUAACUUGGGUGCUUUACACUCUUACUUAGGAGCCAUGGAUAACAGAGUGUCUGAGGAGGGGAUGAAAACCUCCUGCACCCAUUUCCAGAGCUCUGCUGGAGCAUUUACAUAUAUCAGAGAUAACUACAACUGUAGCUACAGCUCAGACAUAAGCCACCAGGCGCUCAGCAUUAACAUCAGUCUGAUGAUGGCUCAGGCUCAGGAGUGCCUUCUAGAAAAAACUCUACUGGACAACCGGAAGAGCUCUUUGAUUGCACGCAUCUGUGCCCAAGUGUGUGACUACUACAGGGACUGUGUAAGAGCACUGGAUAGCUCAGAGUGGACAUCAGGGAAAAAGGAUUGGAGAAAACUCAUUCAAAUGAAGAUUAGUUAUUUCAGUGCAGUUAAACAUUUACACAUGGGCAAGCAGUCUGAGGAGCAGCAGAAGUUUGGAGAGGCUGUUGCAUACUUCCAGCACUCUCUCAACAGACUAAAUGAGGCCAUUAAGCUAAGCAAGGGUCAACCUGACUCGGUACAAGAUGCUCUCAGAUUCACCAUGGAUGUCAUCGGUGGAAAGUUUAACUCUGCUAAGAAGGACAAUGACUUUAUCUACCAUGAGUCGGUUCCUGCUAUAGACUCUCUGGCUGCAGUUAAAGGUGUCUCUCUGGUGAAGCCUGUCCCUGUCACUCUGACAGACCCCAGCAUCACAGGUCCUGACCUGUUCUCCAAACUGGUUCCUAUGGCAUCUCAUGAAGCUUCUUCACUCUACAGUGAAGAGAAAGCCAAGUUGCUCCGUGAAGUUAUGGCAAAGAGUGAUGACAAAAACCAUAUCCUAGAGAGGUUUAUGGAUUCUUUGAAUUGUGAUUCGGUGAAUAGUUUGGACAUGUUCAACACAAUGCCUCCUGCACUGCUGGAAAAAUGUGCAGCACUCAGCGUUCGACCAGAUGCAGUGAAAAACUUGGCGCAAGCAAUGCAGGCUCUGUCCGGUGUGUACACUGAUGUAAGCUCUUAUCUGGAGGACAUCCGUAAUGCUUUGGAGGAAGAUGAGGCUGGGGAAAAGUCUUUGCUAAACGUGGUUGAACAGAAAGCAUUGCCACCCAGAACUUCUGCCCUACAGGAGCUCCAGACAGAGUUUAAAAAAUAUAUGACGGCCCAUCAAGCAGCCAGCCAAUCCAACACUGAGCUCCACAAAGCCAUGAACCAGCACAUUCCCAACCUGCGCCUGCUCCAAGGACCUCUGGAGGAACUCAGGAAGAGCCUCCCACGACCACAGCUGAGUGAAGAUGACAUGGCAUCGUUGCAGACCAUGAAACGGCUUCUUGCUAAAGUUGAUGACAUGCGUAAUCAGCGGAUCUUGUUGGAGAAGCAGCUCCGUGAUCUCAUUCAAAAAGAUGACAUCACAUCUGUUCUGGUGACCACUGAGCGUUUUGAGAUAAAGGCCUUGUUUGAGGAGCAGCUUAAAAAGUAUGAUCAGCUGAAGGGAUACAUUGAUCAGAACUUGGCAGCCCAGGACAACAUUCUCAAAGCUUUGACAGAAGCCAAUGUGAAGUACGCCAUCGUUCGCAAGACAGUCAUUGAUGCAGAGCAAAAGUGGAACAGCUCUGUGCAGUCGUUUGUGGCUUCAUAUGAAGCAAAUGAGGAUUUGGUGAAAAAAGCUGAGGAAGGUAGAACCUUCUAUCAGGAUCUGGAGAAAAAGAUCUGCAGUCUGCUGGACCAAGUUAAGACCAUCUGCCAGAGCAGAGAGGAGGAAAGAAAAGCACUGUUGGACAGGGAUGUAGCAAAAGGGCCUCCUCCCAGACCUACAGCCCAGAAGCCUGUGCUCGGAAAUAAAGCAUCAGCUCCUCCUGCUGCCUCCAUUACAUAUAGAGAGGAUCUACCACAGGAACUGCGCAGUCUUCCCCCAGACAUGGCCCAUGCUAGAGGUUCAACUUUUCCAAAUAUUACUCCCCAUGGCACAGCCCCCCUCGCCUGGCCCCCAGGCACAGCCCCUACUCCAUUUCCGAACCAGAGAAUGCCACAGUUGGCACACUUACCAACUGCACCUCUACAGCCUCUUGUAUCAGGUUUUGGUGUACCACAACAGUUUCAGUCUGCUCCACCCGGAAACAUCACACCUGUUCCUCAUCAAAUGAAUCCAAACAAUCCUUCACAAAUGACUCCCCAGACCUAUAUCCCAGCACCCUGGCAGGGCCCUCCGAGUGUGCCCUUUCCUGUUUCUGCAGGUUAUCCUGUGCCACCACAGGUAGGACUCCAGUCUGCAACCAGACCUACUGUUCCUGGACAGCCCAUUCCUGUACCUGGUGGACAAUUUACUAAUCAACAUAUUCCUCCGGGUACCCAGUACCAAAGUUUUCCACCACAGAUUGGACAAGGCAUGAUGUUUCAGAGACCUGGGUUUCCAUUUCCUGUGUCUAACCAGCCUGUUGUCCGUCCUGGACAGAUCCAACCUCCAGUGUCACUUCAGAGCCAAUUACUGCCAGGUCCACCUUUAGCUCAAUACACUCAAUCCCAGCCUGGCUUACCAUCUCAACAAGUCCCCCUUCCAGGUCAAGAAAGGACACAACCUCCUCCAAACCAGUUCCAUCCUGGACAGUUUCCACAGAACCUGCCUCAUGCGUAUAUGGGACCUGUUCUUCCCUCAGUUCCAUCCUCUCAGCCUCAACCAAAGCCACGAUCCUCUUGGAAUCAAACUACUCCUCAGGUAUCUUUCAGCCAAAACCCCCAAGUGCCUUUAGCUCAGCACUCAACUAAUUAUCCUCAGAUGCUACCAGGAGCUGCAGUUCCACAAGGUUCUAUGUACUUUCAACCAGGAGCAGCUCAAACCCAGGUACUGCAUCCCGCUACUCAAAAUGGCAUGGCUCAGCAACAAACUACUGCUCAGACCAAUCCCAUGAUUCCACCAGGAAAUCCACCUCAAAAUAUCCAUUCCUCAUCUUCUGGAUUAGGGCAUGUCCCAGUCAUGGACAAUCCAAAUCCCCUCACACUUACUGGCAUUCUUACACCUUCCCCUGCUGGUGAUUUGCUAAAGUCUUCAUCCACAGAGAAUGCUCCUGGUGUUACACAAUCUGAAGAAACACUGAAGCAGAUGUCUCAGCAGGACGCCAGUCAUCUGCUCCGUGAUCAACUGGAUCAACUCAGCAUUGCUUCCAAUGAGACACUGAAGUGUGAGAGUGGAGAGAAAAACAGCACCAAACAAAAUGGUCAGGAGUCACAAACGGGAGAUUCAGUGAUCAGUGAUUUUGACCCUUUUUGGACCUGAGAUAUGCUUAAUCAUUACUGUACAUUCUCAGUAGAAGAUGACAAGAUACUGCUGUUGCUCCUG